AUGAACGACAGCGCGCUUGCCUUAAGGCAGAAUAGCACUGUGUCUGGACCAGCUCACGCUCACCAGAAGACGGUUGGAUUCAUUUCGGAAAUAUGUAAUGGGGUCAGUGGAUGGCAGUUGGGUCUUACCGUCUUGGUUAUUCUGAUGGCCUAUGAUCAAUUUACGUACCUGUACAAGAAAGGAUCAAUCGCUGGCCCUAGGUUCAAGAUUCCAUUCAUCGGUCCCUUCUUGCAAGGAAUAAACCCCAAGUUCGAAGCAUACGAAGCACAGUGGGCAAGUGGGAAGAUUAGUUGUGUAUCUAUUUUCCACAAGUUCGUUGUUCUUGUCUCUGAUCGAGACCUCGCACGGAAAACGUUUACCUCGCACAACUUCGUCAAAGUCUGCCUCGUGCCGAUGGCCGAACUGAUAAUGGGAGCCAAUGCUUGGGUAUUUCUGGACGGCAGGCCCCACAUCGAAUUUCGAAAAGGGCUCGUCGGCCUCUUCACCAGAAGAUCUCUCCAAUCUUACCUCCCGAUCCAGGAGAAGGUCUGGUCAGACUACUUCCAAAAGUUCGUUGCUGCUAGCGAGAAAAAUGGAGGACGUCCGAAAGAACACAUGACGGCUUUCAGGGAGAUCAACUGCGCUCUUUCAUGUCGGACUUUCGUAGGCAAUUAUAUCUCGGAUGAGGCGGUAAAGAAGAUUGCAGAUGAAUACUACUGCAUCACUGCUGCGCUGGAGCUGGUCAACAUCCCUUUUUCUGCCUACAUUCCGUACACGAAAGUCUGGCUAGGAAAGCGAGCUGCAGAUGGUGUACUGGCCGAGUUCGCCAGGUGUGCUGCUGCGAGCAAGAGAGACAUGGCAGCUGGUCAAGAGCCUAUUUGUAUUGUCGAUCAGUGGAUUGGCAGCAUGAUAGAGUCCCAAGCCUACCACGAUCGCGUCGCGGCUGGAGAUGUCGAGGCUGAGAAGCCGGCCGUACUGGUCCGACAAUUCAGCAACGAAGAAAUCGCCCAAACACUGUUCACCUUCCUCUUCGCUUCACAGGACGCCUCCAGUAGUGCCACAAUUUGGCUCUUCCAGAUCACAGCCCAGCGUCCAGACGUCCUUGACCGGGUACGACAGGAGAACCUUAAUGUAAGAGGAGGCGACAUUGACAUGCCUUUGUCACUUGAGAUGCUCGAGUCGAUGAUCUACACCAACGCUGUCGUCAAAGAAGUCUUGCGCUGGCGUCCACCAGUUAUCUUCGUACCCUACACAUGCAAGAAAGACUUCCCUAUCACAGACACAUACACAGCUCCUAAGGGAUCCAUGGUCAUCCCUUCCUGCUGGCCUGCCCUCCACGACCCAGAAAUCUACCCACAGCCUGCUGUCUUCGAUCCCGAGAGAUGGAUCACAGGAGACGCGAGUGAGCAGACGAAGAAUUGGCUAGUAUUUGGGAAUGGCGCUCAUGAUUGUAUUGCGAGGCAGUAUGUGCAGCUUACCAUGACGGCGAUGAUUGGGAAGGCGAGCUUGGAAGUCGAUUGGGUGCAUCAUGCUACGAGUAGGUCGGAGGAGAUCAAGGUAUUUGCGACGCUGUUUCCGAUGGAUAAAUGCCCGAUGGUGUUUACGCAGAGGCCUAGACCGUGA